AUGAUAGUCAUGGACAGAAAGUCUCCGUCCAAACCACGGAGAGCCGCUAAGGCCUGCGUUUUUUGCCGACGUAGGAAGUUUCGUUGCGACAAUGAGAAACCAACAUGCUCCAGCUGCAAGACAUAUGCACAAGAUUGUACCUACGCACCCAGGCCCGAGAAGCAAAGACCAACAAAAGCUCGUCUAUCACGAUUGGAAGAAGAGAAUGAACAGCUACGGCGGCAACUCGGGCGCGUUGAUUCCCAUUCGAAUGAUGGAGAUGUUUCCACAAGAGGCAGCCCGUCUCAGUCGCGGCAAAAUACACAACCUCCUUCAGAGAUGUCGAAUACAGUCCCAAGUACAGAUUGGUCUCACUCGGCCGUCUCGCGAAUCUUCAUUUCACCGAAUGGUGAUUCAAGCUAUCAUGGGCUUACAAGCACAUUAUUUGAUGAUGCGCCGACUGAUCGACAUGGUCAUCCUCGGUCAACAGAUCCACAAGUGCCGAUAGAGCAUAUUCGAAAGCAGUUGAUGGGAGAAGCUGCCUACCAGCGGCAAUUAGAAACAUUGAACAUGCGACAAGGGAAGCUGGACUUUGAUGGAGUUGAUCCCGAAUUGGGAAUGCAUCUCCUGAAUCUACAUUGGAAUCGGCAGCACCAUUCAUUUCUGAUCACGUACCGCCCGGCUUUUAUGCGGGAUAUGGCCAACGGUGGUCCAUGCUUCUCGAAACUCCUAUUAAACGCAAUUUACUUCGGUGCAUCAAAAUUUAGCAACCGUCCCGAAGUUCGCCGGGAUCCCGAUGAUGUUCGGACGGCGGGAUGGAGAUUUCGCCUGCGAGUGAAAGAGUUGCUUGGCAGUGCUUUGGACCGAAGCGAAAUUACCACAAUUCAAGCUCUACUAGUGAUGACCAGUUCCCUGUUUGCAUUGGGAGAUGAGCGCAGUGCUGCGUGGCUCUAUGCCGGAACAGCAUUUAGAAUGAUUAUCGAUUUGGGCAUGCACGUUGAUGCUACAAUGCUGAGCAAUAUACGUCGCCUCUCCGAUGAAGACAUAGAAAUCCGUCGUCGAGUUUUCUGGGGGGCCUUUGUCGUGGAUAAGAUUCAGUCCCUAUACCAGGGUCGGCCUGCAAGCCUGCAGGAUUUCGAUACGAAAGUGUCAAUAACAUUUCUGGACCAAUAUGAGGAGCUUGAACACUGGCAGCCUUUUGCAUAUACAAAUGUGCAGUCAUAUCCGGGCUCCCCUGCAUACAGUGUUUCAACCUUUACGGAGCUUUGCAAGUUAUCAUUAAUCCUGAACGGUAUUCUGAACAAAGUAUACUCGGAGCGAAGUUCAAACCGGUCCCCCCAGGAACUAAUCACUACACUGAAUGCCUUGAAUGAGCAGCUCAAAGAUUGGCAUGAUGCGCUGCCGGAGCAUUUACGGUUCGGUAUUCCCACAACGCAAGUUACCCCACCACCCCAUGUCCUCUCUCUCUUGGCACUCUACAACGUGCUUCUCAUCCUUCUCCACCGACCCUUUGUGGCGGAAGGACAUCUCCAUACAACAGAUCCCUCAGUUGCCGUCAGUUCUUUCACUACGUGUACGACAGCAGCAAAUCGAAUAAUUCACAUCCUCCAAGCUUACGACCACACAUUCUCCAUAAGGCGUGCUCCGUAUCUGAUUUCAUACGCGACUUAUGUCGCUGCCACAAUUUACGUCCGAGUUGCUGCCCAAAGAAAAGAUGGCAGUAGAGCGCACUCAAAUCUUCGGACAUGCCUUGACAUAUUCCAAAAGAACCAAGAGACGAAUUGGGCUGUUCGCAGAGCAAAGAAUGUGAUUGUGCAUCUAAUGGAUCGAAUGGGGGUUGAUUUGAGUGUCCCCCAUCAGGAACGCGAGCCCCGAUCAUGCCAUGAUAUCAAUGGGCAAACGGUGCAUUUGGAUGGAGUUCCUGCCGUAGAUGGGGAUCUUAUACCGGCUGCCUCACCGAGUCAAAUGACGCCUCCAGAAACAGAGGCCUCAGAGUUGGAUAUGGACAGAAUUAUCCAGAGCUUUAUUCGGCAGCAGGCAAGACCAGGCGAAGGACAGGUGUUCGAAGAGCCUAGCUACCAUGCUCUCCCUGGUCCUACGGUCCCAGUCCAGACGCCAGGCAUUUUCACUCCUUCUAUUGUUCCAGGAUACAAUGACGCAUAUUUUGAUGCCCAGUUCGACGAUGACAUGUUGUUCGGAUUCAAUGGAUCUGUACAAGAUAGCAUAUUGUAUCAAUAG